AUGUUUGCCAAAUCGUCCACUCUGUUUGCCGUCGCAGCCGUUGCGCUGCAGGCGGCUUCAGUGUCGGCACAAGCCUGCGUUAACUUUGCCUUUGCCCCAGCAGGCACUUGCAAUUCCGACCCCAACUCUGAGGAUCGCCUUCGUGCCGACCUUGUCCAGGAUCGCAGUGUGCCGGGCUGUGCAAACGGUGGUAUCUACACCGUAGUGGCCAAGUAUAAUGAUCUCUCGGGGAAUACGCGCUUCGUCAGCGCUGUCGACGUUGCUACCGUUGCUGAAGACUUUACCGGAACCAUCCCGUUCAGCUUCAAGCUGGCCCAGAGCACGAUUUCUGCUGGGCCGGUGACGCUUAGCAUUCUUGGGACCAAUAAAGGAGGUGCUUUCACUUCUCGUAUUACCUACACCCACAAGCAUUUGCCGACGGUUUCGUACACAACUGCUACCUCGACUCUCACAGCUUGGGUUUCAAGCACCGUCACAUCAACCAGUUACCGCGAUGUUAAUUCUUACACCACGGUUGACCCGCCAGGAGGUACAUCGACCAUAACAAGGUCUGGCGUCUUGACCAGCUACCUCACCAAGCCUACUGCGACUGUCACAUCUGUCUUGACUGUUGAUGACCGGACCAUUACGGAAAUAACGACACUCCGCCAAACCAUCAGCUCGGCAUGUGUCAGUCCACGUAUCAUUGAGAUGGCUACAGGUGCGGCGGCUACGCCAACUGGCCAGAAGCUCAGGCGCAAAGAUGUCGAGAAGCUCCAUCGCCGUGCGCAGCCGACCACGUUCGCUGUUCCCUACUGCGGUUCCACUUUCUCAACCACGAUGCUGCCGAUUUCCACCGUGUACCUCCAGUCACGAUCGACCAUGGUCGAUACAGUGACGCGCAUUGCCAACAACGUCAAUUGGAUAACCGUCACGGCCAAUAAUCCCACCACAUGGGUUGACAUCACGUCCAUUGUCUACCGCACCGUUACUGCCGAUCAGAGGACUGUCACUAGCAUCUUCUCGCAGCCCCGCAUCACGGCGACCGAGACCUUCACGGACACGUUUACCACGACUGUCUACCCGCCCGGUAGCCCCGUGUGUAAUUCGGAGGUCGUCACUCCUACGCUGCGUGUGGCGUCGUCUCUGACUGGAACCAACACUGGCUUCACGCUCCCGAGCGUCUCCUCUGGCGCUUCCAACUUCUACAGCGGGAACCAGAUGACUUUGCCAGCUCCCGGUCAAUCGAGUCCCGGUUUCCCAACGCUCGUCAUUUCUGGUUCCACCGUCACGCAGAACGCCGUAGCUUCGAAUACUGGGUCCGUAGCUUCCAAUACUGGGUCCGCAUCUGCCGGCGGUGGUGCUGCUGGCGGUGGUGCUGCUGGCGGUGGUGCUGCCAGUAGCUCGGGGGCGGCGCCCGCGGGAGCAUCCUCGGGCUCUUCGCCAUCCAGUUCUUCGUCGUCGGGGUCGUCUCCAAGCAGCUCCUCCAGCAGCGCUUCGUCCGCUACGACCGCUACCACGGCUACGACUGUCACCACUGCAACUACAGCCACCACUGCAGCCGGUCCGCCAGCCAACGCGCCGGCUGACACUGUUGCCAACUGUAACAAGUAUUACAACGUCGUCAGCGGCGACACGUGUCAGGGGGUCUUGGGCUCGAACGGGAUAACGUUCCCACAGUUCUACGCAUGGAACCCGUCGAUUGGGAACGAUUGUCAAUACUUGCAAAUCGGAAAGUCCUACUGCGUGGCUGUUACGGCUGCUUCGUCGGCGAGCACUCCAAGCUCGAGUUCCUCUUCGCCUCCGGCAGCACCAUCCACGACGUCGACAUCGUCGAGCAGCUCGUCUUCCAGCAGCUCGUCGUCCAGCAGCUCGUCGUCGUCGUCGUCCUCGCCCUCACCCUCGCCCUCUUCCUCCUCCUCUUCUUCUUCCUCCUCCUCCUCCUCUUCCUCCUCCUCCUCCUCCAGCUCCAGCUCCAGCUCCAGCUCCGCAGCCGCCUCCUCCUCAUCCUCCACCACCACCACCACGACCACCAGCGCCGCGGCCGCCAUCUCCUGCCCCGCCGCGGACGGCUCGACCUACACGGCGUCGGACGGCGCGACGUACGCGAUCGAGUGCAACAAGGACCGCAACGGCGGCGACAUCAACUACUUCUACCGCCCGACGCUCGAGCAGUGCGUCGAGCUGUGCGAGCAGACGGCCAACUGCCGGCAGGUCUCGUUCGUGAUCCCGCCCUCGGUCGGCGCCGACGGCACGUGCUACCUCAAGUCGUCGUCGCUCGGCACGCCCAACGCCAACGCCAACGUCUGGGGCGCGCGGAAGCUCGCGUCGGGCGGCUCGACCAGCAGCACCAGCACGGCGACCAGCUCCGCCGCAUCCUCAUCAGCCACAUCGUCCAGCAGCGGAGGCUCAACGUGGCCCGCCUCCACCGGCCCCAUCGCGUGCCCGUCCUCCAACGGGACCGCGUACUCGGUCCCGUCCAGCGGCGCGCGCUUCCUCGUCCUGUGCGGCUUCGACAGCAACGGCGUCGACAUGGCGGACAACCCGCGCUGGGCGCAGACGAGCGCCGUGCCCGAGGAGAUGGCCGCGCGCUGCGACGCCACGGCCGGCUGCGUGUGGGCGACGCUGGGCGGCAACGCGGCGUACUUCAAGAGCUCGCUGGGGAGCACGUACGCGAACGCGAACGUGGUGGGGUUGCAGAAGAUUUCGGGGGCGGGGGUGGCGAGCAGGAAGGUGAAGAGGGGGAAGAAGAUGGCGGGGGAGAGGAUGAUGAGGGGGAUGAGGGUUGUGAGGGGUGCGGUGUUGGAGGAGGCGGCGGCGGUUGGGGAGUAA